AUAUUUUCUUCAAAACCAAGUUCCAAUCAUACAAAACUUGUAAUCAUUCCAAUUUCGAAAUGGAUUUCUUCACGGUCUUCCUUCUCUGCCUUUCUGUUGUUUUCAUAAUCAUCAAACUGUGUUCCAAUGGAGCAACCAGCAAAAACUCACCCCCUUCACCUCCAAGGUUACCUCUACUGGGCAAUCUCCACCAACUUGGUUUGUUCCCACACCGCACACUCCAAACUUUGGCUCAAAACUAUGGAUCUCUCAUGCUACUCCACUUCGGGAAGGUACCAGUGCUUGUGGUCUCAUCUGCUGAUGCAGCACGUGAGGUGAUGAAAACUCAUGACCUGCUCUUCUCAGACAGACCACAACGUAAGAUGAACGAUGUCCUCUUGUACGGUUCCAAAGAUCUGGCAAGUUCUACGUACGGGGAAUACUGGCAGCAAAUAAGGAGUCUGAGCGUUUUGCACCUUCUGAGUACCAAAAGGGUUCAGUCCUUUCGCCGUGUGAGGGAGGAGGAAACUGCCAUAAUGAUGGAAAACAUUAGGCAACGUUGUCGUGAUUCGUUGGAGGUGAAUUUAACUGACAUGUGUGCUGCGGUUACGAAUGAUGUGGCGUGUAGAGUGGCUCUGGGAAGGAGGUACCGUGGAAGAGAAGGGGCGGGGUUUCAGAAGAUGUUGUUGGAGUUCGGGGAGUUGUUGGGUGCUGUGUGUAUAGGGGACUAUGUACCUUGGCUUCAUUGGGUGAGCCAUGGUUUGUUUCAGAGAGCCAAUAGAAUUGCCGAGCAUUUGGACCAGUUUAUAGAUCAAGUGAUCCAGGAGCAUGUUACUAGGAAUGGAAGAGAUGGGGGUGCUGAUGUUGAUUCCCGGGACCAUAAUGAUUUUGUGGAUGUUUUGCUUUCGAUGGAAGAGAAUAACGCCAACACCACCGAUUCCCUGAUAAAUAGAACUGCAAUAAAGGCUUUGAUACUUGAUAUGUUUGUUGCUGGUACCGACACCACUCACACAUCCCUGGAGUGGACAAUGUCAGAACUGUUAAAGCACUCAAGUGUGAUGCAAACACUGCAAGAAGAGGUGAGAAGUGUUGUUGGUAACAGGAGUCGUGUAACUGAGGAUGAUUUGGGUGAAAUGAAGUACUUGAAGGCUGUGAUCAAAGAGAGCCUUCGGCUUCAUCCACCACUUCCCUUAACAGUGCCUAGGAGAUGCAUGGAAGAUGUCAAAGUGAAAGGGUAUGAGAUUGGAGCUGGCACUCAGGUGUUGGUGAAUGCAUGGGCCAUUGCAAGAGAUUCUUCAUGUUGGGACCAGCCUCUUGAGUUUAAACCAGAAAGGUUCCUAAGCAGUUCCAUAGACUUGAAAGGACAUGAUUUUGAGCUUAUUCCAUUUGGAGCAGGAAGAAGGGGAUGCCCUGGAAUAUCAUUUGCCAUAAAGAUUGUUGAGAUAGUAAUGGCAAACCUUGUCCACCAAUUUGAUUGGUCAUUGCCUGGUGGGGCAAGUGGGGAGGACUUGGACAUGUCUGAAACUCCUGGCCUUUCUGUUCAUAGAAAAUUUCCUCUUCUGGCUGUAGCAACUGCAUAUGAGAGAAAUUAGUAUGUAAGGAAUCAAGUGAAACACAUGACACUUUCAUGCUGUGAAUGGAUCUGUGUGGUUGCAGGUUGCUCUCAUCUUCGUUUGAAGUUUAAUGCGAUUACAUAAGUAAUGAGA